AUGGCAUUUUCCCCCGACCAAGUCCAUCUUCUCCCGCUGGAACAACAGGAGGCUUUUUUCAAUGGCCCAGCAUUGGCGCCGCCCGAGGGCAUCAUCCCCAACCUGGAGCAUCCGCCUAAUCAGAAUGCGCUCACUCACGCCGUAACAACGCUUCUGUUUAUUCUAUCGACGGGGUUCGCUGCCUUGCAUGCAUUUACUUGUAUCGCGAGAAAGAAACAGGCAAAAUGGACAGAUUACGUCGCACUACUGGCUUAUCUAUUUUUCGUUGGGUACAUCAUUGUGACCUACUGGCUCAUCGUCACCCAAGGCUACUUCGUUCACCAAUGGGACAUGUCUGUGAGGACAUUCCUGGAUCUGCUGCUGAUUGUUCACAUUGCGUCUCACUUCUACAGCAUCGUAAUGGCCGCAAUGAAGACGGUGAUUCUGGUGGAAUGGAUCCAGAUUUUUGUCCCUAGGGGCACGCGCAACGGCUUCGUCUACACGUCGUGGGUGGCCAUCGCAGUGAACCUCACGUUCUACAUCAUUGCCAUCAUCUUAUUGAACGUGUCCGCCAGGCCAUAUCGCAGAAAUUUCAACUUUACCGUCCCAGGUGUAACGCACUUCAAUUCGAGCACGACGAUCGUGGCUGGCGCAGCUAUCAAUGUCGUGCUUGAUCUGGUAAUUCUCGUGAUUCCGCAGAGAAUUAUUUGGAGAUUGAAGAUGAAGAAAGCAAAGAAGAUUGGAGUGUCGCUCAUCUUUCUUAUUGGUAUUCUUGGAUGCAUAGCAGGAAUCUGCAGGCUUGCAUAUUCGAUUGUUUUCUUCAAAAGCUCAGAUGUCAGCUACGCGAUCCCCCCAAUGUCCUUGUGGUGCAUCGCCGAGAUGACCUGCGCCAUCAUCAUCUACUGCGCACCCUCGGUGCCCAGAGCGCUCAAGUGGAAUCAAAAGGGAGGAACGACGCCCUCCAAGGCUUCGGCGAACAACCAAGGUUACUCAUGGUCCAAUCCAGAGGCCUCCUCCACACCCGGGACCGGCCGCAAGUACACCAGGAUUGAUGAAAUUGGGGUACAUCUUGGCGAUAUUUCCAGCCAAACGCGGUUAGGCCAAGGCCCAUGA